UAGUAAUGAAUUAAGUUACGUUUGGAUUCCGCUCGGUUAUUAAAAUGCUAGAAAUGAAAAGAAAAGAUAGGCUAUAAAUAGAUUUCCUCCAGAAUAAAGAGAGGACGAAAUCAAAUAAUAAAGCCCAUUAUUUUUUCUUGGGAAGGGAGAUUAGAAGAAAGAGAGAUGAGAGAGGGGGAGAAUGGAGAAACGACGCCGUGUACGUUGGUGGAAACCAAAGAAGGGCGGCACAGUGGAGGAGCUUACAGAGCUUUUGCGGCGACGGUGAUGGCUUCAAUUGUUGUGAUUUGGGCAUACAGAGCAACCGGGAUGCCUUCGGCGGGCCACCCUGGGCGGUGGACAUGGAUGGGAAUGUUCAUCUCUGAGAUUAUAUUUGGUGUUUAUUGGAUUCUCUCUCAGUCUGUUCGUUGGCGUACCACUUUCAACUUUCCCUACAAACAUCUACUCUUACAAAGGUACAAUGACCACCAAUUACCAAAUGUCGACGUUUUCGUUUGCACAGCCGACCCCACUAUCGAACCCCCGGUUUUGGUCAUCAACACCGUCUUAUCCGCUAUGGCCUACGAUUACCCAACUGAGAAAUUGGCCAUUUAUCUCUCCGACGACGGGGGCUCCGAGUUCACAUUCUAUGCUCUUAUUGAAGCUUCGAAUUUCGCCAAGCAUUGGUUGCCUUUUUGUAGAAAGUUCAUGGUCGAGCCUAGGUCUCCGGAGGCCUACUUUUCUCUCAAUUCUGCUUUGCAUCAUCGUUCCCAAGAGUGGAUCGACAUGAAGAAACUAUUUGAUGAAAUGAAGGAGAGAAUUAACUCGGUGGUUGAGAUGGGGAGGGUUCCUAAGGAGAUACGGGACCAAAAUAAAGGUUUCUCUGAGUGGGACAAUGGCAUAACAAAGCAAAAUCAUCAAUCCAUUGUGAAGAUAAUAUUUGAUGGAAAUAAUCUUGAUGAUGUGGAUAUUCAUGGAGGUGUACUACCAAAAUUGGUGUACAUGGCACGUGAAAAGAGACCCAAUCAUCCCCACCAUUUUAAAGCUGGAGCUAUGAAUGCAUUGAUAAGAGUAUCCUCAGAGAUAACCAAUGCUCCCUUCAUCCUCAACUUAGACUGUGACAUGUACUCAAAUAAUCCAGACACAAUAAAGGAGUCACUAUGUUUUUUCCUGGAUGGAAAAAGAAGCCAUGACAUUGCAUUUGUGCAAUUCCCUCAAUACUUUGAUAACAUUACAAAAAAUAUGCUAUAUGGCAUUCCAGAUCUAGUUAUUAAUGAGAUUGAACUAGCUGGCAUGGAUGGAUAUGGCACUGCCUUGUAUUGUGGCACUGGAUGUUUCCAUCGCAGAGAAGCUCUCAGCGGGAAGAAGUAUGUUGAAGAUCUUAAUGGAUCAAUACAUUUGGACGUGCCAACUGAAAAGAAAGUUCCAAAACCUGUUAAUGAGUUGGAAGAAGCAUGUAAGCUUCUCGUUGACUGCAACUUUGAAAAUGGCUCUCAAUGGGGAAGGGAGAUGGGGUUAGUAUAUGGGUGUGCAGUCGAAGAUAUUGUUACUGGGUUGACAAUACAGUGCAGAGGUUGGAGAUCACUUUACUAUAAUCCAAAGAAAAGAGCUUUUUUAGGUCUUGCUCCGAUUAGCUUGGAUGUAGCUCUAGUUCAAUAUAAGAGGUGGUGUGAAGGCAUGUUUCAAAUUUUUUUGUCCAACUAUUGCCCCUUCAUACAUGGACAUGGGAAGAUCAAAUUUGGAGCUCAAAUGGGAUAUUGUGUAUAUCUUUUAUGGGCUCCACUUUCUAUACCAAUGCUGUAUUAUGCCACCGUUCCUGCACUUUGUCUCCUUAAAGGCAUUCCCUUAUUCCCAGAGGUGACAAGCUUAUGGGCCAUACCUUUUGCAUAUGUCUUUGUAAUCAAGAACUGUUGGAGCGUAGCUGAGGCCAUAACUUGUGGAUGUACACUCAAAGCUUGGUGGAAUUUACAAAGAAUGUUACUUUUCAGAAGGACCACUGCGUUCUUCUUUGCUUUAAUUGACACAGUCAUCAAGCAGUUGGGGUUUUCUCAAACUAAAUUUGCUGUGACUGCUAAAGUUGCAGCGGAGGAUGUGUCGAAGCGAUACGAACAAGAGAUCAUUGAGUUUGGGAGCUCAGAUAUAAUGUAUAGUAUGAUAGCAACAUUUGCAAUGCUAAACCUUUUUGGUUUAUUGCUGGGAAUUAAGAAUGUUGCUGCUUUGAAUUUGGAGUUGUUUUUCAAAUGUUUGAACAAAUUCAUUCUCCAAAUUAUUCUUUGUGGGCUAAUUGUUUUGAUAAACUUGCCCACAUAUGAAGCCCUCUUCAUUCGCAAGGACAAGGGGCGUUUGCCAUCCUCUGUUUUGUUCAAGUCUGUUACUUCGGCUUUAUUGGCUUGUAUAAUAUAUGUAUUGUAGUAUUCGACUCUUGGUGCCAUCCUCUGUUUUGUUCAAGUCUGUUACUUCGGCUUUAUUGGCUUGUAUAAUAUAUGUAUUGUAGUAUUCGACUCUCGGUGACAUCUUCACGGUUGGAGGACUUAAACCUCUAACUUUUAACUUUUUGUUUAUGAGUCAUAUUUUACGUUGGGUAAACUAUGUAUGAUAGGACUUGUAUAUCUUGUAUACAUUUUGAAUUUUUGGGGGUUUGA